AUGCAUAUCUCAGCUAUGGUUGUUUCGGCUCUGGCCGCUGUCGCUUCAGCCGUCGACGUCCAGGUCGUCUCCGUCGCCUCGACUAACAACUCCCUCAAGUUCUUCCCCGAUAAGAUCAACGCUGCCGUCGGUUCCAUGGUUCAGUUCCAAUUCCGCGGCGGCAACCAUUCCGUCGUACAGUCCAACUUCGACAACCCGUGCAUCCCCAUUUCCAGCGUCAACACCUCUGCCAAGGGCAUCUACUCUGGUUACCAGCCCGUCGCCGCCUCCGCCGCUAAGGGCCAGAUUCCAGUCUUCACCGUCAUGAUCAACUCUGCCACGCCCAUGUGGCUGUACUGCUCUCAGGGCAAGCACUGCCAGAACGGUAUGGUUAUGGUCAUCAACGAGAACACCAAGGCGAACGCCACCCGCAGCAUUGAGAACUACGCCAAGGCCGCGAAGAAGGUCGCCCAGGCCCAGGCCCCCGGCGGCGGCGCGGCAGGCGGCUCCAACGGUGGCGGUUCCGCUUCCCCCACUGGCGGUGCCGGCGGCGGUUCCAACAAUGGCGGCGGCUCCGGCAACGGCGGCGGCUCCAACAACGGUGGCUCCAAUGGCGGCGGCUCCUCGACUACCCCGUCGUCCCCUCCCACCGCCGGCGCGGUUACCCUCAGCGCACCCGGCACCCUUUUGCUCGCUCUCGGCGCUACCUUCUUGCUCAUGUAA